AUGUCGAUGAAGAAAUCGACCAAUGGAACACAGCAGGAUAAACUUCGAGAAAAACAUGCGAAAUCCGCGAAACCUACGAGAAAAAGUACCCUCUCAAAGGCUGGAGAGUUCUUGAUUAAACAUCAAAUAGAACUUCCACUAGCCGUUAUAAGUACUAUAGGAAUGGCGUAUUUGUGUGGUGUCCAACAGGCGGAAAAAUUUUUGUUUAUUAAAUAUCGAGACCCAGAAACUGGACUCUAUGCUAAGGGGAAAGAUGACAUAUAUUUUGUAUCGUUCUGGGUCAUUAUGUUUACAUUCCUAAGGGCAGCUGUAAUGGAACAUUUACUUAUUCCCAUUGCAAAAAAAGAGGGCAUAAAAACAACGAUAAGAUUCGCUGAGCAGGGAUGGCUGUUCAUAUAUUAUUCCACAUCUUGGACAUUAGGAAUGCUCGCCAAGACGCUAAAAUACCUUGGUUAUAACAGAGUAUGCGAUGUCCUGUUUGUGUUCUUCAUGAUCUCAUGGAUUAUAACGCGACACGUUCUCUAUGGCUUUGUCAUCUAUUCCACUUGGGCGGAAUCUCAUCAAUAUCUCACAUAUAAUUGGUUACCCGAAAAAGGCUUCUAUUUCACACAGAAUUCGCAGCGAUUCUUUUUAUCAAUGUUUCUAUCUCUUCAAGCGUUAAUCAAUUUCUGGCUUUAUUUAAUAUUUCGAAUUGCUUUUCGAGUGAUUAGAGGCGAGAGCGCAAAGGAUGUCCGGAGUGACGGCGAGACGGACGAGGAAUAG